AUGAAGUUGAACAUCUCUUACCCAAUUAACGGUACUCAAAAGUGCGUUGAAAUCGAUGAUGAACACCGUGUCCGUGUUUUCUACGACAAGAGAAUCGGUCAAGAAGUUGAUGGUGAAGCCGUUGGUGAUGAAUUCAAGGGUUACGUCUUCAAGAUUGCCGGUGGUAACGACAAGCAAGGUUUCCCAAUGAAGCAAGGUGUCUUGUUGCCAACCAGAGUCAAGUUGUUGAUGGCCAAGGGUACCUCUUGUUACAGACCAAGAAGAAACGGUGAAAGAAAGAGAAAGUCCGUCAGAGGUGCUAUCGUCGGUCCAGAUUUGGCUGUUUUGGCUUUGGUUAUCGUCAAGAAGGGUGACCAAGAAAUUGAAGGUGUCACCAACGAGACUGUUCCAAAGAGAUUGGGUCCUAAGAGAGCCAACAACAUCAGAAAGUUCUUCGGUUUGACCAAGGAAGAUGAUGUCCGUGACUACGUUAUCAGAAGAGAAGUUACCAAGGGUGAAAAGACUUACACCAAGGCUCCAAAGAUCCAAAGAUUGGUUACUCCUCAAAGAUUGCAAAGAAAGAGACAACAAAAGGCUUUGAAGAUCAAGAACGCUCAAGCUCAAAGAGAAGCUGCUGCUGAAUACGCUCAAUUGUUGGCUAAGAGAUUGGCUGAAAGAAAGGCUGAAAAGGCUGAAGUUAGAAAGAGAAGAGCCUCCUCUUUGAAGGCUUAA